AUGGAGUCUCUCCAGGCUAUCCCAGACACCACAACCACCAUGCUGUCCCGGCAGGGCCUGAACGCCCAGUUCCGGCGGCGCUCCAUCCCACGCAAUCUCUACCAGAGACGGCACCGGGACUCCAAUGCGAGCGACGCCACCAUGGUGCCGCCAGACAGCUUCUGGUGUUCGCCAUCGCCCCCCUCUGGGCGUCUGCGUGCUAUCUCUGAUAGCUGCGUGUCAGCACCGUUCCCGCACACUGGCGCCUACGCUGGCGGGUUUGGCUCAGCAUCUGUGCCGAGCUCACCGGUUUCGGCCAAGAGCCUGCAUGAAAUGUACUCGACAAAAUUCGCCGACGCCUCGAUUGAGGAAGAGGAGGACGACGAUGUUGUGGUCAUUCACAAUGGAGUCAGACGCAGCAACAGCAACACCAACAGCAACAGCAACACCAACACCAACAGCAACACCAACAGCAACAGCAACACCAACAGCAACAGCAACACCAGCAGCCGAUCAACGCAGAGCACCGGGUUCAACUUCCUGCCUGCACAGCACCCAAAUCCUUCCGUGUGCCCAUCGAUAUAUCCGCAGCGGACAACCGCAGUCCCCUCGCAUAAGCGGCUGCCCGAAGCACGUGCCGAGCACCAGCGGCGGCACAGAGAAGCUUCGGUGUCGCGGCGCAGUAGUACAGACGGCGAGGCUACUGUCGUCGGAUCGGAUGACAGCGACGAAGACGAUGCCAGAAUUGUGAAGAUCCAGCGCGCUGCCAAAAUCUGGAUGUGUGUGCCGCGUCAGCUCUCGGUCGUGCGCAAAAACGAGAACGCAUACGCGGUUUCGGUUGUUUGCGUCGGCAAGCACGGAUUCGUUGUCCAGCCGUCUCGCUAA